UCUUAGCUAUAUUACAUAUAUAUAUAUAUAAAAAAUAUUGUGACCUAACCCGGAAGUAGAAUACGGGGAAGCUUGGUAACCCGGGCGAUCUGGAAGUCGGGUGUGUAAAAGUGAAGGCGGGAAAGCAUGGAAAAGUUUCCGGUGGCAACUUGCCUCACGAUUUUGCUUUCGUUGCUGGUCUCCGGGCCAGGCCUGCUGCAGCGGAGCAGGAGUAAUGGCCUGCCCGAUGACUCUCUGUCGGCGUUUUUGCUGCGGCCGGCGGCAGUGCGGGAAGGGCAAGUUUAUAGGUUGGUGACCUACAUCUUUGUUUAUGAGGAUGUGAUCUCCUUGGUAUGCAGUGCUGUUAUCAUCUGGUACUUUGCUGGCAGCUUUGAGAAGAUGGUGGGGACUGUGAAGCACUCGUUCCUCACUCUGGCAUUUGCAGUUUCCUUAGCUCUACUCUACCUUGUACUCAGGACUAUGGCAUCCGGCCUGUUGAGGAUGACAGAUGCUGAAGGAUUCACUCCUGUGGCUUUUGCGAUGCUGGCUGCAUCAAUUGCUCGCUCUCGGAUGAGGAGAACAGUGCUCUUUGGAGUGACCUUCCACAUGACAUUUGUGCCCUGGUUGUUGCUUUGCAUGGCCUGGAUUAUCCCAAGUUCCUCUUUCCUAGCAAACCUCUGUGGUCUCUUAAUUGGGAAUAUAUAUGGUUAUGGUUACUGCUUUGCUUUGGAUUUCUCUGAAUCAACAGCCUCUUGUUUAGAUCAGAAGUUCCCUUUCCGGCUAUUGAAAAGGAUUCCUGGGGUAAAAUAUGUUCCAGGAUCCCUGGUAGAAAGAAGGGCUUUCCAGUACAGAAAGUUAAAUCCAGUGCCAGGUUCUUAUCCCACUCAGAACUAUCACAGCCCCCCUCCUCCGUUGCUUGCCAUGCACAUGCAGCAUCCUAACGUACAAAUUCCAGCACCUGGACCACCAUGCUUUCAGAGUCCCACACUGCAUCACACUGCUGGUGCUAUGGGAGAAUUGUGCAUCCAGAACCAUUCCCACUCAUCAGCAGGACUGCCAUCUGCUUCUCAUCUUGUUGGUGCCAAUUCAUGGGUACCUGAAAAGACAGGUGAUUUGGGUCCCCACCAAGCACCAGGAUUUCUGACUGUGGGAGCUGCCCCAAAAUCAGAAGACGUUUGUCAAGUUCAUGUAGAUUGAGUCUAGUAGGUAACUGCAAAUGUUGGACUAUGCUACAGUAACAGUGGUUUCCCUGAAAAGGGAGUCUCUUCCAAGUGAUAAAAAAAAAUUGGAGAUCCUGAGAAGCUUGGAUCUAAUUGAAGAAAGGGACCAUUUUCUUGUGGCAACCUGGUGGGAUCAAGUGACAACAAUCUGGGCUGUUUAAUGCUGAAACUUAAUUUAUGCGUUAAUUUUGGGUGAUGACAGUAUGGCCUUCACAGCUUCAGGUUGCAGCUUCCUUUCUGCAUUUGAUUAAUUUUAUAAAAGGUGAUGGAAAAUUUUCCACUGAUUGAUUGAUGGAGGCAGUGGACAGGUUUUAUUGUGCUUCUGAUAAAGCUGUUGUUUCCUUAAUAUUUUACUGGCAGGAAAGCUGUUUAGGAUAAUUUUUUGAAAAGAUUAUUACCCAUGGAUGGGAUGUGUCUAUUCAACUGAGAUAUUUCUUGUCAGCUGAGCACCUUGCCUUAAACCUCUGGUUAUUUUAUAAAAUAACUUAUUAAUUUUAAAAAUCUACUUUAGAUAAAUUUGAUAUAGAUCACACAUAAGGGAGUGUAACCAGCUGGUUCUGAUAAGGACUAUAUUCAUGAAAGUCGUGCUCUACAUACAGAAGAUCCCAGUUAUAAUCUAUGAUAUUUCUAGUUCAAAAAAAGCUAAACAGCAUGAACUAUGAAAGGUUUCUUGUGAAACCUUGAGAAUUUUCUCCCAGUCACGGUCAUGGGUAUUAUUUUGUUUAACAGAUCUGGCAUCUUUCUACCAUGUUCUCUUGAAUAGCAUAAACUUGACAAAUGUAUGGUAUUACAGGAAAGUGGGAUAAGCUGCAACUGUGAUAAGAAAAAAUCUAUUUUGAAUAAAAGAAUAAUUUUGUGA